AUGAUUGAGUUAGGGCUAAGUCGCGUUUCGCGUCUUCUCCAACAGACGCCGCUCACAUGGAAGGCCAUCCACAUUGCGGGGACGAACGGCAAAGGCUCGAUCAGCUCCUAUCUUUCCCACUUGCUCUCAACUGAGGGUGUCCGAUGUGGUCGCUUUACCUCCCCCCACCUGAUCGACCGAUGGGAUUGCAUUACAAUUGAUGAACGAGUCGUUCAAGAAUCUCUCUUUCGACAGAUCGAAGACCAGGUUAAACUACGAGACCAGCGCUUAGGGAUUGGGGCAUCCGAGUUCGAGCUCUUGACAGCAACAGCAUUUGAGAUAUUCAACCAUGAACAGGUUGAGGUCGGUGUUGUCGAAGUGGGCAUGGGUGGCCGCCUAGAUGCGACGAAUAUACUGGGCAAUGUGUUGGUCUCGGUCAUUGCUAAGAUUGGAAUGGAUCACCAGGCAUUUUUGGGCUCAACAAUCGAAGAGAUCGCCCGAGAAAAAGCUGGUAUUCUCAAAUCGGGAGUUCCGUGUGUUAUUGAUAACACCAACGAGUUAGCGGUGCUGACGGCCUUGUCUGCCCGCAUCCAGGAGCUGGGUAUCGAAUCAACAUUUGUCUCUCCAGACAAGGUAGAGGAGCAACUCCCACCACUUGCGCAGCUAUUCCGGAAGCUAGAUCUAGAACCUCACCAGCAAGAAAAUAUGUGCUGUGCCGUAACGGCAUUGCGCCUUGCUUUAGCUUCGAUCCGCCCUGCAGCCGACGCCUUUUCCCUCGUUCCACAUCUCGCUAACGUGAAGUGGCCGGGUCGCUUGGAAAACAUCAGUCUCCAAUCUCUUGUUGGCCGUGAAGAACCUGCUCUCCUCGAUGGUGCCCACAACCCUCAAUCGGCCGAUGUCCUGGGGAAGUAUGUUGACCGCAAACUACGACCCCAGUCUGGAAGCGUGACUUGGGUUGUUGCAGCUUCGAGUGGAAAGGACUUGGCUGGAGUUUUCCGCUCCAUAAUUCGACCUGGAGACAAUGUCGCAACAGCCGAGUUCGGGCCUGUGGAUGGAAUGCCUUGGGUGGCCCCCACUAAUGCCCGGGAACUUGCAUCGACUAUCCAGUCUAUUCCUGAGAUUGGUCAGGUGGCCAGCUUUGAAGGAGAUCUUAUCCCUGCGAUAAAAUGGGCUAGUGAAGUAGCUCAAGAUGGACCACUUGUUAUUGCAGGCAGCUUGUACUUGAUUUCUGAUGUGCACCGGUUGCUUCGAGCACAAAGAUGA